UGUUUAACGGGCGAAAGAGCAACCCGAGUCUAUCGUCCAUUCCAAACAUCCAAACCUAUACCUAUCUCUCUCUCCUCGAUCACGCCUGCAGAAACCGAGUCUCUCUCUCCCCUCGAUCACGCCUCUAAGCAACCGAGUACUCCAAGCAAACACGAAGCUGCCUGCAGAAACCCUAGCCAGUGGCGUUCUCCGUCGCCGUUCUCUGUCGCAGUCUCCAUCGGCGUUCUUCGUCGCUGUUCGCUAUCACUGUUCGGCCGCAGCUCCAAGAUCAAGUCGAUUUGCUGAGUUGUGAGAUAAACUGGAAAGCCACUGUGCAGACUGAUGUGAUUAGAAUUGAGACACCUCCACCAUGCAGAUAAUUAGGAAAAAACUGAAGUCAAUGAAAUUGAACUAGUAAGUCUGAUACAAAUGCUGGUGGGAAGAGGUAAAAAACACAGCAGCCCAAACAAGAGCCAUCCACAUUGAUUUAGGCAUUGAAAAGGGGCACGCAUGAAUGUGGUUGAAAGAAUGGACGUGCUUAAAUGCUUUACAGAAAGUAAAUGGCCUUUAAAGUUGAGUGAGAGAGUCAAAUACAGUAAUAUAUUGUCUUUACUGCAAGUUCAAGGCCAUUGAUAUUGAAUGAUGGUGACGGCUUCAACUUCAGGGUCCAAGUCACUUAAAGAAUAUCUGAAGAGAUAUGAAAGCAAUGAUGAGGAAGAAAAGAAAAAGAAAAAAAGGAAGAAGAAGGUGGUCCAAAGUAAACCAGAUGUAAAAGGUGUUUUAGUCGUGGAUGAAGAUCCAGUUUGGCAGAAACCAGUUAAUCUUGAAGAGGAAUACAAUGAUGAUUCAGCUGAUGAAGAGAAGCCACAAGUUGAUGAGGACAUUGAGGUUAAGCGGAUGAGGAGGCUCGAACAACUGAAGGCUAUGCGUGCAUAUAAUGCCAUAUCAGAGGAUGGAAGUGGUUGGAUUUCCCUCUCUCCCAAAGCCGCUAAUUCUAAUGACCCAAACUCUGAUAUGUCACCACCACGGAAGCGGGAUUUCCGGAAUGACACACCUUCACCGGAACAUGAACUGAAGCCUGCAGAUUUUGGCAGAGGUAGCACCGAUUUGUCACCUUCACGACAGCGGUUGAAGCACCAACAGAAUGAUAUGACACCUGAAUUUCCUGACAUUUCUCCUCCUAGACGGAGUCGUCGUGGUUCUUCGUACCAAGAUGACUUCCAGGCUUCUCCAGGGUCAGACCUUUCACCCCAAAGGAAAACUAGGGAGGGUUUUCGGAUUCCUGGGUUGCCUGAUCUUUCCCCUCCACGUAAACGUUCAACUGAAACCAAUGCUUCGCGUGCAUCUUUGGUUCAGGAUCUUUCCCCACCGAGAAAAAGCCGAAAGGAAGCUGCUAUGAAUGAGCAACGAAAAACAGGUCUGCUUACUGGCAAAGAGAUCAGUGAAGAGAUUGCUAGAACUAAGAAGACUGAUUGGUUAAGGUUUAAAGAGAUGGAUCCUUCUAUAAGUGGUCGAGGUGCGGAACCUGUAUAUCGUGAUAAGAUAAAAGGAGAACGUAUAUCGAAGGAAGACUUUUUGAAGUCAAGGCAGAAAGUAAAAGUAGAAGAGAAGCCCAAGGAGAAGAAAUUGGAAUGGGGGAAGGGCUUGGCUCAAAAGCGGGAAGCUGAAACUAAGCUGCAGGAAUUGGAACUUGAGAAGGAAAAACCAUUUGCACGAACCAGGGAUGAUCCAGAACUAGACAACAUGCUGAAGGAGAGAUUAAGAUGGGGUGAUCCCAUGGCACAUUUGGUGAAGAAAAAGCAUCCUGAAAUGGUUCUCCCAAACCUAGGGGAUAGUGAGAAGAUGAAAGAAUCGGGGUUUGUUAUUCCUCAGGACAUUCCUGUCCACAGCUGGUUAAAAAGAGGAUUGGAUGCUGCACCAAACCGAUAUGGCAUAAGACCAGGAAGACAUUGGGAUGGAGUUGACCGUAGUAAUGGAUUUGAGAAGGGAUUGAUUAAAAGGACGAAUGAGAGACGAGCUACAGAAACAGAAGCAUACCUGUGGUCUGUCUCUGACAUGUGACUUGACGCGUACGGACUGUGUAAGAAGAUUCCAAUGGGCUUUUUAUGUGUUUUUGUAAAGGCAAUGAGGCACCCGACUUAAAAAGCAAGUUCUAUAAAGUUAAUUGGUUGUGGUGGUGAGUGAUUGGGCUUCCUGAAUUGCUAAACAGCAUUAUGUUUGCAUUGCCAGGGAAGUUUCUGUACUCAUGAUUCUUAGUUAUAGAAUUCGUGAUGUGGUUUUGGUUCAGCUAA